AUGGCACUUAUAAUGGACAAUAACAAUUAUCCUUUACAAUUUGUAAAUUGGCUGCACAAAAUAUCUUUUGAUAUUUUAUGUCUUAUUGGUUCUUCUUUAUCAGGUUAUGAUGCAUUUAGUUUUGCUGAAUCUGUAUCACAAGAAAUUAUGAAAUCAGAGCGAAAAUUUUGGUCAAUUGUAGGCAUGGAAAGAUUGAAUAAAACAAUUGUUGUUUUCUCCAAACCAAAGCCUGGUUAUUAUGAUUUAAUAAUUGAUUAUAUAGUUCAAUUAUCAUCUGAUCGCCAUUAUUCACGUUCUAUUUAUAAUGGAUUUACAUCUGAACGAUUGAUGAGUGUUAUGAGCUGUUGUGGUACUGUACUCAAUUGCCUUCUCAUUGAAGGAUUUGAUUCAUCAUUACAAGAUCUGGAUGUUUUUUGGUUAGACGGCAGUUGGAAAUCAUUUCUUAAUGAGAUUAAUAAUUUUAAACAAAUGGCUCAUGCUAGAAUAUUAACAGAAAAAAAUUACUAUGGAAAGCUUAUUGAAUUUCAAUUUUAUAUUGAUCAAGAUCAUAUAGUUAAAAUUCAGUUUAUAUUUGGAAGAGAAGAAAUGAAUCUUUCCUUUUUACUGUAUACGUUUGACUUGGAUGUUAUGCAAGUUGCAUUCGAUGGCACAAAAAUAAUUUCGGUCGGAUAA